GCCAUGACUGCUAUCCCACAAUUCAUCUUCCCUGCGCCAUCUUUGUAUUAUUUCUAAUUUAUUUUGGAUGUCAAAAGACAUUGAUGAAGAUAUUUUCUCUGGAGUCUCCUUCCUUUCUCACCCGGCUCUCCCGAUGUGAACCGAGCGGCUCACAAGCCACUGCAGCCACCAACCCACCAUGUCUCGCCGCAAGCAAGGCAAACCCCAGCACUUAAGCAAGCGGGAAUUUUCGCCUGAACCUCUUGAAGCCAUUCUUACUGAUGAUGAACCAGAGCAUGGCACGUUGGGAGCUCCAGAAGGGGAUCAUGACCUCCUUACUUGUGGCCAGUGUCAGAUGAACUUCCCAUUGGGGGACAUUCUUAUUUUUAUUGAGCACAAACGGAAACAAUGCAAUGGCAGUCUCUGCUUAGAGAAGGCUGUGGAUAAGCCACCUUCACCCUCACCAAGUGAGCUGAAAAAAGCAUCCAUUCCUGUGGAGGUUGGCAUCCAGGUCACACCAGAGGAUGACGAUUGUUUAUCAACGUCAUCUCGAGGAAUCUGCCCUAAACAGGAACAUAUAGCAGGUAAAGAUGAGCCCAGCAGCUACACGUGUACAACUUGUAAACAGCCUUUCAACAGUGCAUGGUUUCUCUUGCAACACGCACAGAAUACUCACGGAUUAAGAAUCUACUUAGAAAGCGAGCAUGGAAGUCCUCUGACACCGCGGGUUGGUAUCCCAUCAGGACUAGGUGCAGAAUGUCCUUCACAGCCACCACUCCAUGGAAUUCAUAUUGCAGACAAUAAUCCUUUUAACUUGCUAAGAAUACCUGGGUCAGUAUCAAGAGAGGCUUCAGGUCUUGGAGAAGGGCGUUUUCCACCCACACCUCCUUUGUUUAGCCCUCCCCCCAGACAUCAUUUGGAUCCACAUCGCAUAGAACGUCUGGGUGCAGAAGAAAUGGCUCUUGCAACCCAUCACCCUAGUGCCUUUGACAGGGUGCUGCGACUGAACCCCAUGGCUAUGGAGCCACCAGCUAUGGAUUUCUCCAGGAGACUUAGAGAGUUAGCUGGAAACACCUCCAGUCCACCAUUGUCACCAAGCCGACCCAGCCCUAUGCAAAGGUUACUGCAGCCAUUCCAGCCAGGCAGCAAGCCACCAUUUCUGGCAACACCGCCCCUUCCUCCUCUUCAGUCAGCCCCUCCUCCUUCCCAGCCUCCAAUAAAAUCCAAGUCUUGUGAAUUUUGUGGGAAAACAUUCAAGUUUCAGAGUAAUUUAGUAGUACACCGUAGAAGCCACACUGGAGAAAAACCCUACAAGUGCAGCCUCUGUGACCACGCAUGCACUCAGGCCAGCAAGCUAAAGCGUCACAUGAAAACACACAUGCACAAGUCAUCCCCCAUGACUGUCAAGUCAGAUGACGGGCUCUCCACAGCCAGCUCCCCAGAGCCUGGAACCAGUGAUCUCAUCGGCAGCGCAAGUGGUGCUCUCAAAUCUGUCGUGGCCAAGUUUAAGAGUGAAAAUGACCCCAAUAUGAUUCCAGAAAAUGGGGAUGAGGAAGAAGAAGAGGACGAGGAGGAAGAGGAAGAGGAAGAAGAGGAAGAGGAGGAGGACUUAACAGAAAAUGAAAGGCCAGACUAUGGCUUUGGCAUUAAUCUAGAAGCAGCCCGUCACCAUGAAAACAACUCCAGGGUUGGUGAGGAGAACCGUUCUAUGCCAGACGUCAUGCAGGGGAUGGUCUUGAGUUCCAUGCAGCACUUCAGUGAGGCUUUUCACCAGGUCCUCGGAGAGAAACAUAAACGAGGGCACCUGUCUGAAUCUGAGGUACACAGAGACACUUGUGAUGAAGACUCAGUAGCUGGAGAAUCAGAUCGCAUUGACGAUGGCACUGUUAAUGGCAGGGGGUGCUCGCCUGGUGAAUCUGCCUCUGGAGGUUUAUCAAAAAAGCUGCUCUUGGGUAGCCCCAGCUCUCUGAGCCCUUUCUCAAAACGCAUUAAACUUGAGAAAGAGUUUGACCUGCCUGCUACAGCUAUGCCUAACACAGAAAAUGUUUACUCCCAGUGGCUGGCUGGGUAUGCUGCCUCUAGACAGCUAAAAGAUCCAUUCCUCAGCUUUGGAGACUCCAGACAAUCGCCUUUUGCCUCUUCCUCAGAACACUCAUCAGAAAAUGGAAGUUUGCGCUUCUCCACGCCUCCAGGGGAGAUGGAUGGAGGGAUCUCAGGCCGCAGCGGCACAGGAAGCGGAGGAAGCACCCCACAUAUUAGUGGCCCAGGCCCUGGAAGGCCUAGCUCAAAAGAGGGCAGACGCAGCGACACUUGUGAGUACUGUGGGAAAGUCUUCAAGAACUGUAGUAAUCUCACUGUCCACAGGAGGAGCCACACAGGCGAAAGGCCGUAUAAGUGUGAGCUUUGCAACUACGCCUGCGCCCAGAGUAGCAAACUUACCCGGCACAUGAAAACACAUGGUCAGGUGGGAAAGGACGUUUACAAAUGUGAAAUUUGUAAGAUGCCUUUUAGCGUGUACAGUACCCUGGAGAAACACAUGAAAAAAUGGCACAGUGAUCGAGUUUUGAAUAAUGAUAUAAAAACUGAAUAGAGGUAUAUUAAUACUCCCCUCCCCGCCCCUGGUUCCCUGUAGAGUUUUUCUAGACCUUUGUGAUUAAAAUAAUGGAAGCUAAGGAUAUUAAGAAAGUGCUUGUCACCAGCACACCUGUUUAUUUUCUUUUUGUUCUCACCGUUUGAAUGCAUGAUCUGUAUCGGGGCAAUACUAUUGCAUUUUACGCAAACUUUGAGCCUUUCUCUUGUGCAAUAAUUUACAUGUUGUGUAUGUUGUUUUUUUUAUUUUAAAUUAGACAGCAUGUAUGGUAUGUUAUGGCUAUUUUUAAAUUGUCCCUGAUUAGUUGCUGAGCAAACAUGUUGCUGUUUCCAGUUCCGUUCUGAAAAAAAACAAAAAACAAAACAAAAUGAAACAAAAACAAAUUAAACCAACCAUGCUGCAUACAUUCUGUAAUACAUAUCAUGUACAGUUUUGUUUUGUAACGUGCGGAGGAAAACAUGCUUUGGGUAACCCUCUAUGGACAGGACUGAUAGCACUGAAAAAAAUGCUGUAUUCGCUAGAUUUCUGUCUUUAAAGGAUUAAACGUAUCAAUUGGACAGAUAAUAAUAAUAAAAUAAUAAUAAUAAUAA